AUGGCGAGGAGGCGCGGCCCGCGGGGACCUGAUCGGCGGCACGGGAAUCCGUUGCUGGCGCCAGCUGUUGUCCGAUUCCAGGAGGUGGCGCCGCGCGAAUCCGUCGGCGGCGACGACCGGAAGGAAGCGGCCGCGCGGACCUCGUGCCCUGCGCGCGCACUACAACUCCCAGCGGCGCCCGCGGCCCCGCGCCUGCGCCCUGGCUGCCAGGACGCGGCGAUGGCGGCUGCAGCGGUGGCGGCCCCCGAGGUCCUUCGGGAAUGCGGCUGCAAGGGUACCCGGACCUGUUUGAUCUGCGAGCGGCAGCGCGGAGGUGACCCGCCCUGGCAGCACCCCCCGCAGAAAACACACCAGUUCAUUUACUACGCCGACACCGGCUGGGCUGUGGGGGCCGAGGAGUCCGACUUUGAAGGCUGGGCCUUCCCCUUCCCAGGCGUGACGCUGAUCGAGGACUUUGUGACCCCGGCGGAAGAAGCUGAGAUGGUACGGCUGAUGGACCGCGACCCCUGGAAGCUCUCACAGUCCGGGCGGAGGAAGCAGGACUACGGCCCCAAAGUCAACUUUCGGAAACAGAAGCUGAAGACCGCCGGCUUCCGGGGCCUCCCCAGCUUCAGCCGGGAGGUGGUGCGGAGAAUGGGCCUCUACCCCGUCCUGGAGGACUUCCGGCCCGUGGAGCAGUGUAACCUGGACUACUGCCCGGAGCGGGGCUCGGCCAUCGACCCGCACCUGGACGACAGCUGGCUGUGGGGGGAGCGGCUGGUGAGCCUCAACCUGCUGGCCCCCACCGUGCUGUCCAUGUCCCGGGAGGCGCCCGGCAGCCUGCUGCUCUGCCUGGCCCCGUCCGGCCUCCCGCAGGCCCCGGCAGAAGGCGCGCCGGCCCCCGGCAGGGCUGUCCCGUGCCGGGAGGUGGAGGUGGCGGUGCCCUUGCCCCGGCGCGCUCUGCUGGUGCUCACGCGAGCCGCGCGGCACCAGUGGAAGCACGCCAUCCACCGCAGGCACAUCGGGGCCCGCCGCGUGAGCGCCACCUUCAGGGAACUGUCUGCCGAGUUUGGCCCCGGCGGGAGGCAGCGGGAACUGGGGCAGGAGCUCCUGCAAACCUCGCUCUCCUUUCAGGGGAGACCCACGUGAGCUGCCUGCCCGGGGACGGGAGCUGGCGCUGGGCCUGGCCGGGGGUGCUGGCUCCAGAGUGGACCAUUAGCCGGCACUGAAGGGGGCGCCCAGCCCGAGGGUCUUUCUCAGGUCUUAAGAGGAGACCGCUUGACACCCUGGUGCCCGGCAGCGCGAGCCCUGUCCGUGAGCUGGCUCGAUGGGAAGGGGCCUCAAGUCGGUCCCCUUUGACCUGCACCGUGGCCACUUGCCUGGGUUGUUUAAUUUGUCACAGCUUGAGGGCAGUGGCAUACUUUGAGCUUAAAAAUCGUUGGUACCACUUCA